AUGAGGACCAUGGCAGCCACGGAAGAGUGUGAUGUGCUUCUCACCCAGCCUGCUCCUGCCCCCGGGUGGAAGCUGGGCAAGGUGGGCCUUUCCGUGUCCAUGACCUUCGCAAGUCUGGUGGCUGUGGGCUAUUACGUUGGGCAUAAAGCUGCGCUUGCUGAAGCUAGCACAGAGUUCACCGGUCUCUCGGAGCUCUCGGUGCGUGAUGUGGCUCGAGCCAAGCAGGUCACACCCGGCCCGCUGUUCCAAGCUCACUCUGGCCAGAGCAACGAGCUGUUGAACAAGCACUUGAAGCGCAUCGCCCGCGGCAAUGUCAAGCCCUGCGAAGAUUUCUCUGCCGAGGAGCUCGUGGAUGUGGCCAUGCUCUUGGAGAAGCUUGGCCACCCUGAGCUGCAGAAACUCCACCAGGACAACGAUGAAGAGGGCUGGCUUGACCCGCGCGGGGACGAAGCGGUGAAAGUGGACUAUGGGCAGCUGCAGUCUUUGCCGCAGGAGCAUAUUCGGGUGGCAAUGAUGGAGAAGCUGUGCUACGAGGCCGCCAUGCACUUUACCCACAGUUUGCCCGACGCGGACAAGGCGAGCUUCGCAUCCAAGCACCCCAUCCCGUUGCUGCCUCUGCGCUCCGGAGACGACACCGAUGAGUUCCUUGUUCGCCGCCUCAGCGCCUCCCAGGGCCACAAAGUCUUCAUUACCAAGUGCGCGCAGUGUCACACGGUGAGUGCAGGCCACCACAUGCAGGGCCCCAAUCUGCACGGCCUCUUUGGCCGGAAGUCGGGAGCAACUGAUGGCUUUAGCUUCAGUGAGGCCAUGAAGCGUAAGGGCAUCACUUGGACGAAGGAGAGCCUCAUGCAAUACCUUAUCAUUCCCAGAAAGUAUGUGCCCGGCACGAAGAUGAUUUUUGCCGCUCAGCAGAGAAGCGUCAAGCAGAAGAUCUUGACCAUCAAAGGCUCCAUCCAAGCUAGGAUGGACUGGCACCUCAGCACUGGCCUCGCAACCAAGGGGACCCGCGCCUGGGAGCUGGGUCGGCUCAAGCUCAAGAAGUCAGCCAUGCCAGUCCCCGCUGUUCCGGUGCUAACCCCGGUGCACCCCGAGCAGGCGCUGCCGGAGAUCAGGAGCUACUCGACUGCCAGCGUGCCACCCAAAAGCUGGGGCACGCCUGCCGCUGCCAAGCAGCGGCUCCGGCGACGCCUGCAGAACGGCGCGCUGCAGCGCUUUCUUGUGGACUAUAAGUUCAAGGACCCCAACACACCAAGGUCUACCUGGAGCUUUCAUCUCUUCAGCGAGCAGCGAAUCUACCCCAUCCACGUUGCCGCGAAGCUUGGGGACUACCAGCUGGUCAGGAUCCUGCUGGCCGCUGGCGCCGACCGGGACAGCCAGACCUCCAAGGGCCGCAAGGCGGAGGACUUUGCGCUGGAGGCCAACACGAGCGGCUCCCACGAUCAUGUGCUGUCCUUGCUCAAGGGGGGUGCGAAGGUCGUGAAAGCCAGAGCACUCUACGAGUACUUGGGCUGA